AUGCCACCUAAAGCAAACAAAGGCAAGCCCACUCAAUCGGCUUCCAAAAUCAAGAAAUCAAAAGAAGUUGUGAAAGAUGAUCGUUUUCAAGCCAUUGUGUUAACUGAUUCAUUUGAAACCAGAUUCAUGCCAUUAACAGGAGUAAAACCCAGAUGUUUAUUGCCUUUAGCAAAUGUGCCAUUAAUUGAAUAUACUUUAGAAUUCUUAGCAAAAGCUGGUGUUAAUGAGGUUUAUCUUAUGUGUUCUGCUCAUGCUGAACAAGUACAAGCCUAUAUUGAGAAUUCUAAAUGGAGUAAUAAUGAUAAGAAUUCUCCAUUUCAAAUAGCUACUAUCAUGUCAUUAGAAUCAAGAUCUGUAGGUGAUGCGAUGAGAGAUUUGGAUAAUCGUGGUUUGAUUUCUGGGGAUUUUCUUUUAGUUUCAGGUGAUGUUGUUACUAAUGUUGAUUUUAAUAAAGUGUUGGCAUUUCAUAAAUCCAAAAAGGCACAAGAUAAAGAUCAUAUAGUUACCAUGGUGUUAAAUCAAGCAUCUCCAUUACAUAGAACCAGAUCAUAUAUAAAACCAUCUACAUUUAUUUUGGAUAAGAAAACCGAUAGAUGUUUAUAUUAUCAAAGUAUACCACCAGUUGAUGGGAAAAAAACCAGUGUCAAUAUUGAUCCAGAGUUAUUAGAAGAUAUUGAAGAUGAGUUUGUCAUUAGAAAUGAUUUGAUUGAUUGUAGGGUUGAUAUCUGUUCUCCUCAUGUUCCUCAGAUCUUUCAAGAAAAUUUCGAUUAUCAAUAUUUAAGAAGUGAUUUCCUUAGAGGGGUAUUGACUUCUGAUUUAGUCAAGAAAACAAUCUAUGCGUACAUUUCUGAAGAUAGAUCUGAAUAUGCUGCCAGAGUUGAAAGUUGGGGAACUUAUGACGCUGUUUCUCAAGACAUUUUAGCAAGAUGGUGUUAUCCAUUAGUACCAGAUUCGAAUCUUGUUGAAGACAAUUCAUAUUCUUAUGAGUUUAAUAAUAUUUAUAAAGAAGAUAAAGUAAUAUUGGCACAGUCAUGUAAGAUCGGUACUUCAACUUCAAUAGGUUCAAAUACUACCGUUGGUGAAGGAACUUGUAUUAAGAAAUCCGUUAUAGGAAGAAAUUGCAAGAUUGGAAAUAAUGUCACAAUUGAAAAUUCCUAUAUUUGGGACGAGGCAGUUAUUAAAGACAAUUCUGUACUUAAUCAUACAAUCGUAGCGGCAAAUGCUGAAAUUGGCGCAAAUGUUACUUUGAGUGCAGGUUCUGUUAUUGGGUUCAAUGUUGUUAUUGCUGACGAUAAACAUAUUGGAAAUAAUGUGAAGAUUGUUGAAACCCCAAUUACAAAAUAUGGUGGAGAUUUUGAUGAAUUUAGUGACGAAAGUGAAGGCGAAGAAGAUCAUUAUGGUGCUGGAGUUCCACAAUUGCAAGUGAAGGAUAUUGAUUUGGUUGGUGAAGAAGGGAAAGGGUUCUUGUAUACCUCUGAGAAUGAAGAUGAGGAAUAUGAUGACGAAUCAGUUAGUGCAAUUAGUAGCGAACAAUAUUCUGGUAUAAUUUAUCAAAUGAAAUCACUUAAUGUUUCAGAUGAGUCUAUUGCCUCGAUAACAAACAAGAGAACCAAGAGACGUACUCAUUCAAGAAAUAGAAGAUUCUCAUCUAAUUCUAUGAUGUCUGAAGGUGGAUUCAUUUCUGGAGAAGAAGAGGAAGAUUUUUCAAAAGAAGGGGUGGCUACUGUUAGUCGUGCAAUUGAAAAUAACCAUGAUAUUGAUACUGCAUUAUUAGAAUUGAAUACUUUGAGAAUGUCUAUGAAUGUUACAUAUCAUGAAGUUAGAACUGUUACUUCAGAAGCAUUAUUAAAUAAGAUUGAAGAUUUUGUAUCUACUGAUACUUUAAGUCCUCAAGAAGCUGCCACUAAGAUUUUCACUCAUUGGGGACCAAUGUUUAAGAGACAAGUAUUUUCACCUGAAGAACAAGUUGACUUGUUGGAAAUUUUCGAGGAUAAGAUUACUACAGCUGGUAAACCACAUGGUAAGAUUGUUCUAUUCCUUGCAGUUAAAACACUCUAUGAUUUAGAUAUUCUUGAAGAAGAAAAUAUUUUGGAGUGGUGGAAUAAGACAAGUGGUGAAACUGAAGUUAGACAGUUAACAUCUAAGUUUGUUACUUGGUUACAAGAGGCAGAUGAAGAAGAAAGUGAAGAGGAGAGUGACGAGGAAUAG